AUGUCCGACCCACACUCGUGUGGCCCGGGAGUGUGCGUGGCGCAACGCUCCGGAAAUCGCUGUCGGUGCCCUACUGGAUGGAUGGGCCGGAGAUGCGCCAGACCAUGCCAGGAUGUCUAUCGUAGUUGCAAGCGAUGGGAAGAGGAGAAGCGCUGCACGUGGACUCUACCGAUUUCGCCUUUCUUCACAGAUAAUUGUGCUCUGUCCUGUCGAAUUUGUCGCAGUAAUGGAAAAAAACUGCCUCUGGCACUUCCGCCUAUUCUCGAUAAUAUCGCAUGGUUCGUUGGUCGGUGGGAGUGCAGAACGAGGGCUGGAGAACGUUUCCCCGAGUCUUUGUCAGGAGCAUACCGGGAGGUACUUGACGUUCAAAUCUCCGACGUGCCGAUGUUUGACCGACCACCAGUGAACAUUAGCACAUCAGCAGUAACUGAGGACGGUCGAGAUGUUCAUACGGAAGUUGGUUUUAUGACGAGUAAGCCGUUCAAGGAGGACACCGGCUUCAUUGAGUACAAUAAACCAGCAGAAGGUGAAGAUCAGGUCGCUAUCGAGACUGUCGGCAACAACGGCUUGAUAAUUAUCGAAGAAGGGAUUGUGAAGGAAGGUGUCAUAAUGUUGGAGACGAAAUUCAAACGAUCUGUUCUUAACGACGAUCGCAUCUUUAAAUCGGUGAGCUCCAUCCGUCGGCGACUCACCAACGCUGGAAACCAACGAAAGUGCGCAUUGUAG